GCCAAAAAAAAAAUACACUUAACUAGCUUAAAACCUUUAAAAAAAUUGAAUAGCCAUGUCCGACGAAUACGCCUGCGUGGCCAAGGGCAAGCUCAAACUAAAGAACGAUUCUGACCUCAAGAAGAAAAAAAAGAAGCACAAGAGUAAGGACAAGGAAAAGCAUGAGCUGCAAAAGUCGUGCGUGGAGCAGCAACUAACAGAGGUGGCCGCCACUUCUAGCUCCAACUCCAUCUCCGGUACGGGUGGCUACGAGCGCAAGCUGACAAAGGCUGAGCUAGCCAGCAAAAAACAGCAGGAAAAGAUGCGCAACAAGCGGAUUAUGGACAAGGCGCAGACCACCCAUAAGGAGCGUGUGGAGAAGUUCAACGAGCAUUUGGACACCCUCACCGAGCACUUUGACAUCCCCAAGGUGUCUUGGACGAAGUAACGCUUUUCAGAAGCCACAAGUAACUUAGAGAAUACGUUUAUUAUUAGGUUAAGUAAUUUCGACUAUGUUGUGACCUAGGCGGGGGACGUGUUGAAGUGAGAGAUAAGGAGGAAGGCCAAAAUAAACAAUCCGAAUGGCACAACUAAGCUAAAUACACA